GAGGCCUGUAAUGUUACCUGUGUGUCUCCAGGUGUAUGAGGUCGUGGUGAUGCGCUCCGGCAGCUUUGACUCCCACCGCGUGUCGGUGGAGCGCCGCUACAGCGACUUCUCCCUCCUCCACCACGACCUGCUGGCGGAGUUCGGCGGCGAGUUGGAGGACGUCGUUCUCCCGCCAAAACUCCUGAGUGGGAACUUCAGCGCUGAUGUCAUCUCUAAGCGCCGCCUCGCCCUGCAGGACUACCUGGCGAGACUCUACGCCACCCGCUGCGCCCGCCACGCCGCCCGCUUCGCCCGCUUCUUCACCGAUCCGGAGCAGAAACGGGCGCACGAUCUCCUGCGGGGGGGGCGUUUCACGCUCGCCGCGCAGCAACUGCAGAGCGUCUUGGAGCUGGAGGAGAAGCUGUUGCCGUGGCAACACCCGGCCCUGAGCGUGCCCACGCUGGCCGCCCUCGCCGUGUGUCACCGAGACCUGGAGGAGGCGGAGCCGGCCUUCGCGGCGGCGCAGAGGGCGCUGCCGGCGGCCCGGCGCUACGGGCUGAAGAAGUACCGCGCGGCGCUGCUGGAGCUGCUGGUGGACCUGGGGUACCAGCUGGGACGCCCCACCGCCACGCUGCAGCACGAGCUCACCGGCCUGAGGGACGCCGAGAGGGGCGAGGCCACCGCGCGCUCGCUGAAGGAGAUAGUGGUCCAGAACUUCACCUGAGUGAAGAGGUAGAGGACCGCAGGGCGCUGGGACUCAAGGUCUUGGACUCGAGUCUGGACUUGGACUUGAGUCCGGACUUGAGACCCCUUUUCCUACAUCUGGAGUGAAGUAUUUUGUCAUUUAGUUGCUCAAAUAGAACUAAGAACUAAAAGUACUAAAAGUACUAAAAGUACUAAAAGUACUAAAAGUACUAGUACCUACUGUAGUAGUAUCAGUUCUACCUUGCUGUCCUGGUUUUGGACUUGUUCUGGACUUGACUAGUCCUGAUCUUGGACUUGUUCUGGACUUGACUAGUCCUGGUUUUGGACUUGUUCUGGACUUGACUAGUCCUGAUCUUGGACUUGUUCUGGACUUGACUAGUCCUGACCUUGGACUUGUUUUGGACUUGACCAGUCCUGAUCUUGGACUUGCUUUGGACUUGACUAGUCCUGGUCUUGGACUCGCCUUGGACUCGACUAGUCCUGGUCUUGGACUCGCCCUCCUACACCUGCGAUAGCUGCAGCUGAUUGGACGAAGGCGUCACGUGGGUCUGUCUGCUCCAGGAAGUGGAAACAGACCAUAAUGGCGGCUCGUUCACGAUCUCUUAUUCUAUGAAAA